CCUCAGUCUGGACCUGUUACUUCCAUUGACAGUGGCUCUAAGCCCAGGAGCCCUAAGCAAGGAGCCCGCCCAGGAGUCCACAAAGGAAGCUGUGUUCUCGGGCCUGGCAGGGCGCCAGGGGAAGUCUGCUUUGACUUCGUUAGUCCAGCUCUGCUUCAGCCUGUCCUUCCUGUGGUCAGGAUGGUCUGGGACACAAGAGGAUGCUGACCUCCACUGGCCUUGGGAAGUGUCAAGUACAGUGCCUGGCACAAAGGUGAGGUCCUCUCUGGGGAUCACCCCAUUGGCUAAAGAUGAGACCACUCCUUCUCCUGUGUUUCGCCCUACCUGGCCUCCUGUGUGCCCAGCAAGCCUGCUCCCGUGGGGCCUGCUAUCCACCUGUCGGGGACCUGCUUGUUGGGAGGACCCGGUUUCUCCGAGCUUCAUCCACCUGCGGACUGACCAAGCCUGAGACCUACUGCACCCAGUAUGGCGAGUGGCAGAUGAAAUGCUGCAAGUGCGACUCCAGGCUGCCUCACAAUUACAACAGUCACCGAGUGGAGAACGUGGCUUCAUCCUCAGGCCCCAUGCGCUGGUGGCAGUCACAGAACGAUGUGAACCCUGUCUCUCUGCAGCUGGACCUGGACAGCAGAUUCCAGCUUCAGGACAUCAUGAUGGAGUUUAAGGGGCCCAUGCCCGCUGGCAUGCUGAUCGAGCGCUCCUCGGACUUUGGCAAGACCUGGCGGGUGUACCAGUACCUGGCUCCCGACUGUGCCUCCACCUUCCCCCGGGUCCGCCAGGGCCAGCCUCAGAACUGGCAGGAUGUUCGGUGCCAGUCCCUGCCCCAGAGGCCGAAUGGGCAUCUAAAUGGGGGAAAGGUCCAACUUAACCUUAUGGAUUUAGCAUCUGGGAUUCCAGCAACCCAAAGUCAAAAAGUCCAAGAGCAGGGGGAGAUCACGAACUUGAGAGUGAACUUCACCAGGCUGGCCCCGUUGCCCCAGAGGGGCUACCACCCCCCCAGCGCCUACUACGCUGUGUCCCAGCUGCGUCUGCAGGGGAGCUGUUUCUGUCAUGGCCACGCUGACCGCUGCGCCCCCAAGCCUGGAGCCCCGGCCGGCCCCUCCACCGCUGUGCAGGUCCACGAUGUCUGCGUCUGCCAGCACAACACUGCCGGCCCCAACUGUGAACGCUGUGCGCCCUUCUACAACAACCGUCCCUGGAGACCAGCGGAGGGCCAGGACCCCCACGAAUGCCAGAGGUGUGACUGCAACGGGCACUCGGAGACAUGUCACUUCGACCCAGCUGUGUUUGCUGCCAGCCAGGGGGCACAUGGAGGCGUAUGUGACAACUGCCGGGACCACACCGAGGGCAGGAACUGUGAGCGGUGUCAGCUGCACUAUUUCCGGAACCGGCGCCCGGGGGCUCCCAUUCAGGAGACCUGUAUCCCUUGCGAGUGUGAUCCGGAUGGGGCAGUGCCAGGGGUUCCCUGCGACCCAGCGACCGGGAAGUGUGUGUGCAAGGAGCAUGUUCAGGGAGAGCGCUGCGACCUGUGCAAGCCGGGCUUCACCGGACUCACCUACGCCAACCCGCAGGGCUGCCACCGCUGUGACUGCAGCCUCCUGGGGGCCCGGCGGGACAUGCCGUGUGACGAGGAGAGUGGGCGCUGCCUGUGCCUGCCCAACGUGGUGGGCCCCAAAUGUGACCAGUGUGCUGCCUACCACUGGAAGCUGGCCAGCGGCCGGGGCUGCGAGCCGUGCGCCUGCGACCGGCACGGCUCCCUCAGCCCCCAGUGCAACCAGUUCACAGGGCAGUGCCCCUGUCGCGAAGGGUUUGGUGGCCUGACAUGCAGUGCUGCAGCCAUCCGCCGCCAGUGUCCGGACCGGACCCAUGGAGAUGUGGCCACGGGAUGCCGAGCCUGUGACUGUGACUUCCGGGGAACGGAGGGCCCAGGCUGCGACAAGGCCUCUGGCCGCUGCCUCUGCCGCCCUGGCUUGACCGGGCCCCGCUGUGACCAGUGCCAGCGAGGCUACUGCGACCGCUACCCGGUGUGUGUGGCCUGCCACCCUUGCUUCCACACCUACGACGCAGACCUCCGGGAGCAGGCCCGGCGCUUUGGCAGCCUCCGCAACGCCACCGCCAGCCUGUGGUCAGGGCCAGGUCUAGAGGACCGUGGCCUGGCCUCCCGGAUCCGGGACACAAACAACAAGAUCGAGCAGAUCCAAGCAAUUCUCAGCAGCGCCUUGGUCACAGAGCAGGAGGUGGCCCAGGUGGCCAAUGGCAUCUCCUCCAUCAGGCGAACUCUCCAGGGCCUGCAGCCGGAUCUGCCCCUGGAGGAGGAGACACUGUCCCUCCCGGGAGACCUGGAGAGUCUGGGCAGAAGCUUCAGUCGCCUCCUCAUCACGUAUCAGAGCAAGAGGGAGCAGUUUGAAAAACUCAGCAGUGCCGACCCUUCUGGAGCCUUCCGGAUGCUGACCAUGGCCUAUGAGCGGUCCUCCCGCGCUGCUCAGCAGGUCUCCGACAGCUCCCGCGCACUGCGCCAGCUCAGGGACAGCCGGAGAGAGGCGGAGAGGCUGGAGCUGCAGGCGGGAGGAGGAGGCGCCGGCGGCCCCCAGCUCGCUGCACUGAGGCUAGAGAUGGCUUCCCUGCCUGACCUGACACCCACCAUCAACAAGCUCUGCGGCGGCUCCAGGCAGACGGCCUGCACCCCAGGAGCAUGCCCUGGCGAGCUGUGUCCCCGAGACAACCGCACGACCUGCGGCUCACACUGCAGGGGUGCCCUUGCCAGGGCUGGUGGGGCCUUCCGGACGGCGGGACAGGUGGCCGAGCAGCUGCGGGGCUUCGACGCCCAGCUCCAGCAGACCAGGCAGAUGAUCAGGGCAGCCGAGGAGGCCGCCGCGCAGGUGCAGUCGGACGCCCAGCGCCUGGAGACCCAGGUGAGCACCAGCCGCGCCCAGAUGGAGGAAGACGUCCGCCGCACGCGGCUCCUCAUCCAGCAGGUCCGCGACUUCCUCACAGAUCCCGACACCGAUGCAGCCACCAUCCAGAAGGUCAGCGAGGCCGUGCUGGCCCUGUGGCUGCCCACAGACUCAGCUACCGUCCUGCAGAAAAUGAACGAGAUCCAGGCCAUCGCGGCCAGGCUCCCCAACGUGGACCUGGUGCUGUCCCAGACCAAGCAGGACAUUGCGCGGGCCCGCAGGCUCCAGGCUGAGGCCGAACAGGCCAGGAGCCGAGCCCACACGGUGGAGGGCCAGGUGGAGGAUGUGGUCGGGAACCUGCGGCAGGGCACGGUGGCGCUGCAGGAGGCUCAGGACACCAUGCAAGGCACCAGCCGCUCCCUUCGGCUUAUCCAGGACAGGGUUGCUGAGGUUCAGCAGGUCCUGGGGCCGGCGGAAAGGCUGGUGACAGGCAUGACAGAGCAGCUGGGUGACUUCUGGGCACGGAUGGAGGAGCUCCGCCGCCAGGCCCAGCAGCAGCGGGCGCAGGCAGUCCGGGCCGAGCAGCUUGCAGAAGGCGCCAACAAGCGGGCGCUGAGUGCCCAGGAGGGAUUUGAGAGAAUAAAGCAAAAAUAUGCCGAGUUGAAGGACCGGCUGGGUCGGAGUCCCUUGCUGGGUGAGCAGGGCAGCCGGAUUCUGGACGUCAAGACAGAGGCGGAGGAGCUGUUUGGAGAGACCAUGGAGAUGAUGGACAGGAUGAAAGACAUGGAGUCAGAGCUCCUGCGGGGCAGCCAGGCCAUCAUGCUGCGCUCGGCGGACCUGACCGGGCUGGAGAAGCGCGUGGAGCAGAUCCGAGACCACAUCAACGCGCGCGUGCUCUACUACGCCACCUGCAAGUGACGCGCCAGUGCCAGCCCCGGCCCCGCUCACCUGCCCUCUUUGCUCUUGGGGGGCAGACUGGGUUGGAAUGCUUUGCGGCCUCAGGGGACUUUGAUGCUGCUCAGGCACAGCCUGGACCACUCCCGGUGUGCGGCUAUUAAGGUCACCCUGGGCUUCCGCUGAGCCUCAGCUGAUGGGGCAACUACAUUUGAAGGACGAAGACGGUGGAGGUGGGCAUGUCAUCAUGACUAGGAGCUUUCCAGCCAAGGGAGCUGGGCUGGGCAGUGUCCUUGCCCUUUGUUUUCUGUUGUAGCUGAAUCCUAGACCAACACAAAAACUUAACAAAAAAUAAUGUAAAAAUGAAAAGGCCAAUAAAAAUCUUUGGAAAAGAGCCUUGGAGGUUCAAAGAGG